AUGGCGUCGAUACCGCUCCCACCUACCCAGAUGCUUGCAGGGGUCUUUGGGUUCAUCAUCGCGGCCAAGAUUCCCGAGCUCCAAAACCGAGAUGUAGAAGCGCACGCCCUAGCUGCCAUUCUGCACGACCUUGGGUUCGAUCCGGAGCGGAAGGGGGCCACUACACACCGGCGAUGCGAGGUGGACUCGGCAGAGCUGGCACGCGAUUCCCUCAGACGCCAGGGUACCGUGGACUCGUGGGAUUCGCACCGCCUACAGCUGGUAUGGGAUGCUAUCGCUCUGCAUGCCAUCGGCAGCAUCGUCUUUUACAAGGAGCCUGUGGUGCAAGCCUGUGGGUAUGGAAUCUGGGCCGACUUCCAGGGCCCCGACCUUGUCCCCAAUGGGCAUUUGACCAAUGGAGAGUACAGUGAAGCUUGCCAUUGGAAACCUGAGACGACCUUUGAUACAGUAGGAGCUGAGAUAGGUGCAAAGUAUGUGCCAGGCUAUAGUGAAAAGAGGAAAACAACUCUCGAAUUCCUCGAAGCAUGUACGCUAGAUGAUGUCGACCCACAGCACCAAGCAUAG